CAUGAAAGAAGAAAAGUAAUUCGCGAGCCUGUAGUGUCCAAUAGUAUCCGUGUAUCGAGUAUGUAGCAUGUCGCGUCUCCUGACCAUUUCCUCGAGUGUACCUCUAAUCGUCCGCUUCUCUCGCAUAUCAACUCACCAGUCCCUCACGCCGAACGCUACCCCUAAAAUUUUCCAAGCCCUUCGCCCCGCUAGUUUUUCCUUUUCUACUAACGGUGCCCAGAGUCUGGGUGCGAGCAAAAUCAAGGAAACAAGUUCAUUUCAUCCCCUCGUUACACGCACAUUCUGUAGCAGGAAGGUUGAAGGACCCGCAAGUUCAGCGGAAAGAGGAGCUGGCGAAAGCCGCGGGCCGGGGCCCGCGCAGCAGGGGGACGGGGAAAAGCGGGGAUCAAGGGGAGGCGGAGGACGGGAGGGUGUUGGGGGAAGUCCUGAGGGGAGGGGGAAGGGGAGACCGCGGGGGGGAUCACAGGAUUUGCGGAAAAGGGGCGCGGGAGACGGGAGAGACGCGCAGGCGGAGGCGCAAGGGUGGGUGCGCAUAGCAGGCGGGUCGAAAGCGGAAGCCUUGCGCGUGCGCGUGGGCCGAAGAUGGACGGAAGACGAGGGGAACGCAGAGGCGGGGGAAGCGGAAGCGGAGGGCGCGCUGGGGGAGACGCUGGCGGAGAAGAGGCGGAGGUUUGGGCGCGCUGUGGAGAGGAUGAAGGGGGACGCCGCGCGCAGGCGGAAACUGGCGGAAAAGGGGCUUCCGCCGGACCCCCUGCGCGCGCCUGACAACGGGCUGCUGGUCCCCCGCCUCGUCCCCGUGGCGCACUCCACUCUCGCCCUCUGGCUGUCGCUACAGGAGAAGAUCCCGAGGCUGCUACAAGCGGUUCCUGCUCAUGCUUGCAGACUGUGUCCCGAGGUCUCCGUCGCCCGUCACCCCCACGCCAUGCGCAAUUGCAAGGGUCCAAAAGUGUAUAACCGUCCAGGCAGCACGGGCGGCACGGGCAGCCAUGAGUGGGCUCCUGCCACGCCUCCAGACAUCCUCCCGGUCAUUGAAAGUUUUCACUUGCCCGACCGCCUGCGGCCCCGUGUGCCUCACGAGGCGAGAUUUGAUGUGGAAAGGAUCCCAGCUGUUGUGGAGCUGUGUGUUCAGGCGGGUGUGGACCUCCCAGGCCUGCGCACAGUGCGCCGAACCGAACCUGUGCAAACCACCAGGCUUGGCAACGGCCAGGCCUGGGUGGCAGGCAUGGAGAGCGAGUCGGCAUCGGGAGUGUUUAGGAGGGGAGCUUAUAAGGGGGAUGAGGGGGAUGUGGUGAGGGCGAUUCUGGAAAUGGCUGAGAUGGAAGCCGUGGGAGCUGAGGUGGUGUGGGACGAGGGGUCCAAGGGUAAGAUGAGGCGAGGGGAGGAGGGGUGGAGGGGAGACAUGGGGGAGAGUGGGAGAAGGAGGCAGGAGGAGAGUGAAGGGGGCAGGAGUGAGAGAGGGCUGGAGAGGAGAAGAGAACAAGAGGAGGAUAAGGAGGGGAGAGGGAAGGUAGAGCAGGAAGUGGGGGAAGAGGACAGGGAAGGAGCGGAGGAGGGGGAGGGGAGUGUGAGGGAGUUAGCAGAGGAGGUGUUGUGGGAGUGGCAGCAGCUGAGGGAGGGAGUGGAGAGGCUCAUGGCGAAGUACCCUGUGAUGGUGUGCGGGUACUGCCCCGAGGUGCACGUGGGGGCAGCAGGUCACAAGGUGCGUCUGUGCAACGCCUCCAAGCAGCAGUGGCGCCACGGGCAGCACGGCUGGCAGCCAGCUGUCCUCUCGGACCUGCUCCCCCCCGUGCCUGUUUACCAUUCCACACACCCCUCAGGCCCGCCUUUAGUCCACGAGCUGAGGGAGUUCUACGGCCAAGUGCCAGCAGUGGUGGAGCUCUGCGUGCAGGCAGGCGCAGGGGUACCAGCGAAAUGGAAGGGAUAUUUUAGGCUGGAUGUGGCAAUCCCCGAUGUUGAUGACGUUGGAUAUGUGGUGUAAGCGAUUCUUGGUACCCACAUAAUUGUGGCAGUGGAAAAUUCGUAGUGGUACAAUGAAGAUGACAAGGAGUACUCCAGUCAGAAGCUUGCAUAUUCAGUGGAAUAAAGACGAUUGUUGUGU